AUGCUACUGCCUGCCAGACCCUCACUAUCGACACCACUCGUCCUAUUCCUCAUAACAUGCGGUUCCUGUCUGUAUUUCGUUUGGAUCCUCACGCAUCCGCAACACCAGGGAAUCAAACUCCCCGUCAUGACGACGUUCCCUCAACUUAUAUCCAUCAGGGACCCUCAUGAACGGUUGCUGUUUAUCGGGGAUGUGCAUGGGCAAUACCAUGAGUUGAAGAAACUGCUGCGUCGUGAAGUGGACGCAAGGGAGAACACUACAGUGGUCCUCGUGGGAGAUUUCAUCACAAAGGGUCCCAGGAACAAAGAGGUGGUUUCAUUUAUAUUGGAGAAUAAAGACAAGGUGAAAUGUGUUUUCGGAAACAACGAGAUCCUGGCUUACCUUGCCAUGGUGAACCCGUUGUACCCAUCCAAGAGACAAAGAGGUAUUAAAGUCCCCCUACAGUUCACCUCGGAGAAGAGUUUUAUUCCUGAGGAUUGGACCAAGAUCAGUAAGAAACAUAAGGAUGUGGUGAAGGAGGUUGGAGUGAAGAAAUUGGUCGAGUUGGCUAAUCAUUGUUCCGUGGCGCUGGAAUUCGAUUUGGAAUUGACAGGUCAAAACAUGUUUGCUGUGCAUGCUGGAAUGCUGCCCGGUGACUUUAUGAACAAUAACCCGAGGGGUCAUGUGCAUGCUUCCGUUGCUGCAUUGACUGAUAUGAAAUAUGUGGACGAGGAGGACUGGUCCUAUACUUCAAGAACUGGGGAAGAAUUCAAACAGAGUAUCAGAUGGUACAAACUAUGGGAUAGGUAUGGGGAAACAUUUGAGAAUGUAACCGUGGUUUAUGGUCAUGAUGCUAGCAAGGGUCUUAACAUAAGGAAAUAUACCAAGGGGUUAGAUACCUCAUGUGUGCAGGGGGGCAAGUUAUCUGCCUUGGAGUACAAAUAUGAACCGGACCAUGCCCAUUACAAGGAACGUCUAAUCCAGCUGGAUUGCUGA